AUAUUUAGCGCCAUGCCAGAUAGCACUAGUGUAAACUAGGUAGCGCUGAAAUUAUCGGCAGUAAUGUCACUUAGUUGAUAUUUUCCAAUAUUUUGUCUUUAUAUAAUGAACAGAACAAUUAACCAGAAUGAUGGCAACAACUAACGAAUUUGGCCCUGACUCUGGUGGUAGAAUUAAGGGUGUUACAAUAGUGAAACCAAUUGUGUAUGGCAAUAUAGCCCGUUAUUUUGGUAAAAAAAGGGAAGAAGAUGGCCAUACACAUCAAUGGACAGUUUAUGUUAAACCUUAUCACAAUGAAGACAUGUCUACAUAUGUUAAAAAAGUUCACUUUAAAUUACACGAAAGUUACAACAAUCCAAAUCGUAUUAUGACCAAAGCUCCUUAUGAACUCAGUGAAACUGGUUGGGGAGAAUUUGAAAUUGUGAUUAAAAUUUAUUUUCAUGACCCUAAUGAACGUCCUGUAACUAUAUAUCAUAUAUUAAAACUGUUCCAAACAACACCUGAGAUACAACUAGGGAAAAAGAGCUUAGUGUCUGAGUUUUAUGAAGAAAUAGUUUUCCAAGAUCCAACAGCCUUAAUGCAACAUCUACUGAACUCCAGUAAACCUACAACUUUUGGUGUUUGGCGCCAUAAUACAGAUUUUGAAGCCAAAAAGGAGUCUACAAUGAAAGCAAUAAUAGAAGCAAGAAACAAAAUAAGGUUGGAAGUCAUAGAAUUUAAGGAAAAAUUAACCUUAGCAAAGGAAACAAUUGCUAAAUUUAAAGAAGAGAUUGCUAAAAUUUCUAAAGCUGGUGGAAGUUUAUCUGUUGCAUAAUCUAAGCAUUUAAAGAAUUUUCUAAGAUUAUUAUGGAAUAAAAGAAGUAGUUUUAAUAUAACAGACAAUUAUAAAACAAAUAAAGAAUGUAAAAUAAAUGUACAUAUUGCAAUUAACAUCUAGGUAUAAAUAAUAAAGUUUGCAUAACAUAAAUGUACAUUGUUUUUGCAGAAUAUAUUAAACAAUAAUGCUCUAUGUAUAUGACAGUAUACAUUUUGUUUUGAUCAUGAAUCAUGAUAAUAGUAA